AUGGAAAAAUCGUGGUUCAAUUCGAUGUUGUCUAAGGGGGAAGUAGAAUACAGAUGUGGGCUAAGUAAAUCAAUGGAUAGUCUUGGUCCUAUUGAAAAUACUAGUAUAAGUGAAGACCCGGUUAUAAAUGAUCCGGAUAAAAACAUUUAUAAUUCCAUUUGGGGUGAGAGUUCUAGUUAUUACAGUAAUGUUGAUCAUUUAGUCGGCGCCAAGGACAUUCGGAAUUUCAUCUCGGAUGACACCUUUUUAGUUAGGGAUAGUAAUAGGGAUAGUUAUUCUAUAUAUUUUGAUAUUGAAAAUAACAAUUUUGAGAUUGACAAUGAUCAUUCUUUUUUGAGUGAACUAGAAAGUUUUUUUUAUAGUUAUCGUAAUUCUAGUUAUAUGAAUAAUAGAUCUAAAAGUGACGAUCCCCACUAUGAUCCUUACAUGUACGAUACUAAAUAUAGUUGGACUAAUCACAUUAAUAGUUGCAUUGACUCUUAUCUUCGUUCUCAAAUCUGUAUUGAUAGUUCUAUUUUAAGUGGUAGUGACAAUUACAAUGACAGUUACAUUUAUAAUUACAUUUGUAGUGAAAGUGGAAAGAGUAGUGAAAGCGAAAAUUCCAAUAUAAGAACUAACACGAAUCGUAGUGAUUUAACUAUAAAAGAGAGUUCUAAUGAUCUCGAUAUAACUCAAAAAUACAGGCAUUUGUGGGUUCAAUGCGAAAAUUGUUAUGGAUUAAAUUAUAAGAAAUUUUUGAAGUCAAAAAUGAAUAUUUGUGAACAAUGUGGAUAUUAUUUGAAAAUGAGUAGUUCAGAUAGAAUUGAACUUUUGGUUGAUCCGGGUACUUGGAAUCCUAUGGAUGAAAACAUGGUCUCUCUGGAUCCCAUUGAAUUUCAUUCGGAAGAGGAACCUUAUAAAGAUCGUAUUGAUUCUUAUCAAAGAAAGACAGGAUUAACUGAGGCUGUUCAAACAGGUACAGGUCAACUAAACGGGAUUCCUAUAGCACUUGGGGUUAUGGAUUUUCAGUUUAUGGGGGGUAGUAUGGGAUCCGUAGUAGGCGAGAAAAUCACCCGUUUGAUCGAGUAUGCUACCAAUGAAUUUUUACCUCUUAUUAUAGUGUGUGCUUCCGGAGGAGCGCGGAUGCAGGAAGGAAGUUUGAGUUUGAUGCAAAUGGCUAAAAUAUCUUCCGCUUUAUAUGAUUAUCAAUCAAAUAAAAAGUUAUUCUAUGUAUCAAUUCUUACAUCUCCUACUACCGGUGGGGUGACAGCUAGUUUUGGUAUGUUGGGGGAUAUCAUUAUUGCCGAACCUAAUGCUUAUAUUGCAUUUGCGGGUAAAAGAGUAAUUGAACAAACAUUGAAUAAGACAGUGCCUGAGGGUUCACAAGCGGCUGAAUAUUUAUUCCAUAAGGGCUUAUUCGAUUCAAUUGUACCACGUAAUCCUUUAAAAGGUGUUCUGAGUGAGUUAUUUCAGCUUCACGGUUUUUUUCCUUUGAAUCAAAAUUCAAUCAAAUAG